UAUGCACACCUCCCCGUCCUUCCCCCAUCCACCGUGGCUGCUUGUCAGGGCCAGAUCCACGCAUUCGACUCACAGGAUCUCAUCGACGUCUACAUCCCAGACGGCCUUGAGACUAUCCUCCACCGUUGCGAGCAGCAGCCGUGCCCAAAUCGGACACCCCGAUCAAUCGAGGAGGAUUACCCUCGUUACAAGGCGAUCCGACGAGCGCAACACCCGCUCGGACCCCAAAGCACCCUCGCAUCUCGAUCGGCCUUGUGGCACUCUCGCCCUGUCUCCCCUACCUCCCGCCUCCCUCAAACUGUCGCCGAUCAAGCGCGAGGAGAUCUCCCUCCAGACCCUGCGCCAGAGCCUGAGCCUGAGGAGGGUGCAGGUAAAGAAGGAGUCUCGGAGUCCGAGUCCUCGGAUUCUGUUGGGUCCGCCUCGCCGACAGCGCUCGCCCCCGCAUCAGCAGUCCCUGACCGGAGGGCCACCACAGCCGCCUCCGCCCCCGCAGCGUCCUCCGUCCCCCCCGACGCCGAUAAUGUUGUCCCCUGCAGCCGCCCCCGACAAGGAGACUUUGAAGCUUCUCCUCCCCCUCCAAUACGAUGGCAAAACAGUCAUCAAAUGCAACCGGUUCCUGUUGUAGCUGCGCAUCUACUGGCUGGUCAACACAUCGUUGACCACCAUCGAGCUUAA